CAAGUUCUAACUAGUUGUCAGAAUUGUGACUCUAUAGAAAGGAAGUGUGAGAGCAUGGAGCUUGAUGACAAAAUCCGGGAUCUGAUAGCAGGUAGCCCAGAGGCCACAGUCAGCCAUAGGAAUGUCUAUUCUCCAAAGACUCCAGAAAAACAGCUUCCUUGUCUUCCCAGGAUAUGUCUGGACUGAGUGCAACUGGAGCUUACAUGGAACACACAGAGUGUGCUCCAUCAAGAAGAAAGGACUUGACAAAUUUGCUUGAACAAAAGAUAAAGCACUUGGAAAAACAAAGACAAGAGCUGCUGGAUGUCAAUCAACAAUGGGACCAGCAAUUCCGAAAUAUGAAAGAGUUAUAUGAAAGGAAGGUCCUGGAGCUGAAAAAUAAACUGGCGGCCACAGAAAAUACUCACAUCCUAGAGAAGGAACAGAAGCAAAGUGUGACAGAGGGUGACAGGCAACUCGAGAAGGAAAAGGACUGCCUAAGGAAAGAGUUACAAGAGCUGAAGAAGGAGAAUAAGCUGUUGAAGGAAAACAACGCUCUGGCCAAUAGGAAGAAAGAGCAUUACGCGUGUGAAAUUAAACGCCUCAAUAAGGUUCUUCAGGAUGCCUUGACAAUUGGGAGCUCUUCGCUUUCUGAGGACUCAGUGAAGUAUAAAGGCAGGUGCAGCCAUGCAGACAUGAGAACAGAGGUGGAAUGUCACAAGCAGCAGCCAGCCUAUCAGUGGAAUGCUCUCAACCAGCACAAGGCACAUGGUUUCUCCUCAGAAAGGAAAUUCAACCAGUAGAAUUACGUUAGCAGAGAAGAGUAGAGGGCCGUGAGCUCUCAGCUGUGACCGCUUUGCUCCUUAAAGACAGCUGUGAACAUUCUCCUUCGAGAUCUGCUCCCAGUUACCUUCUCUGUCACCGUCAUAUGGAAACCUCAUAGUGGUUCCAGUUGGGACCACUGGGAUACAGUAGUAGAACUCUACAGACAAAUUGAGCUUCUCCUCCAAUGACACAGGACAGCUGAUUACAAGUUCCUUCUCACAGCUUUUGUCAACUAACUACUGAUGGGUUUGCAAAGAUACCUCCAGGAUUUACAUGACUCCGGCUCUGGUGCUGUGACAUUAUAUACUUUUUAGAAUGUACAGAUUUUAAGCCAGGCACAGUGGUACAUCUUAUAAUUCCAUGAGAAGUUGCUUCGGGAGGAUUUCAAUGACUUCAAGGCCAGCCUGGGUUGCAACACAAAUGCCUCAUAUGCCAAUUCUGCAUUUCAAAAAACUAAUACACACAGUAGUCCCUGGGAGAAAACUUUUUCCAUAAUAGCUAAGUUAAUUCUUCAGUGGUUUGACAGUUGGACUAGGUGAUAUGUUCAUUAUUAUUGAACUUGAAACUACAUGAAUUUUAAUAGACAAUCAAAAGACCUGUAGACCCCCCUGACUAAAAAAGUGAGUCAAACUAAAUAAAAUGACAAACAUGAAA